AUGACUGCAUUUCAGGCGUGGAAUAUUCUGGUGUGUAUUCGGGCAGGGCUUCAGGUACUACAAAAUCGCAAUGAGCAAGUCGCUUUAUUAUUUGACUUUUUUUCAGAAAGGACCGUGAAUAUCCGAAGGAUCGUAUUGAAAGAUCAGAAACGGGCUUUGAACUCGCUCACUCUGCAUUUAGUCCUCUUCUUUUGGUCAUGGUGUAUAACGGUUUUUGGAAUUGAACUCUGCGGCGACUUCCUCCACAAUUGGUUGCCCAAUGCUAAACUCGUCGAGACGCUCCAGAGCUACAUGGUCAGUCUUCUUCGGCCUCCUGUGCUAUUCCCAGUCCUACUACCUUCUGAUGUGGAAGUCACCAGAGCAUUCGAUCGCGUUCAAGGAACAACUACGGAUACUUUUGUGCUGCUCUCCAUUGGAUUCUCCACCCAAAGUGAGGACCACGCUUUCGGACGGCAAUCAGUUACCAAUUCAUAG